AAACUUAGUUGCAUAAUGUUGCCGUAGCAAUAAGCAGCCAUUGUGAAAACAAUGUUGGUUCGAAUGCGGUGCUGUGCGUCGUGGUUAUUAUCGUCACUCAGAAAAGUGAACCAAGAGGUUGUAAGUUGGCUGCUCUGUGAGAAGGAGGAGGCGGGGCUUGUCCCAGCAGCCAAUGUGCCACGAGCCGAUCGUAACCACUCGGUCCCUGCAUCUUUCGUAAUAGAGUUAUCUUACACAGCAGUCUGCCGUUACGCAGUGGAAGAAGCUCUCGCAUUAAACUAGGGGACAGCGUCUGAACUCGAAUAGAAGAGACAGUGAAAGACAUGGCACCAAAAUACAAACUAUUUUACUUUCCAAUCCGAGUUAUUGGUGAGCCAAUUCGAUUCAUUUUGGCAUAUGUUGGUGCUGAAUAUGAAGAUAUUAGAGUUGAAUGGGCUGACUGGCCAUGUCUUAAACCAGAUACACCGUAUGGAACAUUACCUGUCCUUGAAGUUGAUGGAAAGAAACUUGGUCAGUCCAUUCCCAUAUGUCGCUACCUAGCAAAGCAAUAUGGAUUACUGGCUGAAAAUGACUGGGAUAAUGCACAAAUUGAUGCAGCAGUUGAUGCUAUCGAUGACUUGAGAUGGUCUAUAAAAGAUUUCUUCUUUGAAACAAAUGAAUCAAGAAAAAAGAAUCUGAAAGAAAAACUAAUUAAGGAAACAAUACCAUUUCACUAUGCAAAAUUAGAGGCAAUGGUGAAAAAUAAUGGUGGUUAUCUUGCAGGUGGUAAGUUGACUUGGGGUGAUCUGUACUUCACAACUAUGCAAGAACUUUUCGAUCAUGAUCUUGAAUUUGAAAUAACCAGAGACUAUCCACACCUUGCAACACUAAGGAACAAAGUUGUGAACAUACCAUCAAUUAAAUCAUGGAUUGAGAAACGACCAAAAUCAGAUCGAUGAGGCAUAUUUUGAUGAUGUAUACUUUCAUGUGAUACAGGAAUAUUUGUACUUAUGUGUGAAAACUUACUGACAGAUAUUAAUUAUAACUUUAUGAGGCUUAAACCACAAGAAGUUUUACUAUUCCUAUGUUUUAUACCACAAAACAUAUGGUAAUGGCUUUGUAAUGAAAGACACAUAUAAAAUUUUGUUAUUAUGUCAUGUAGUCAAAGUAAUUCAAUAACCUGCACACUAAAUCUCAACUGUGAACUAAAUUUUUUUCUCAUAGAUUUGAUGUUGACCCUGUCUUAAGAAAGGAGAUAUAAAUCAACCUGACUCAAGUAGUUAACUGUUUCACAGUGGAUUAAGCCUCACAGUGUUAUUGUGCAUUUGUUCUAUGCAGCUCAUGUGUAAUACUAACCUCUCAGUCCACAUAACCAGUCUGCACUGGAAACCUAUGGCUUCAGUGAAUGGCAGACACAUUGACUGCCUACAUAAAUAUCUUCUCAAAUAAAAAAGUCUACUGGCACUGAA